CGGCGCGCGGCCAGCGCGGCUCCGCUCCCCGCUCCUCCUCCCGCCGGGCCCGCAGGGGACAGCGACACUCGCCAGGCGCCUCCGUCCCGGCGCUGCCCCGCGCCCCCGCCGCUCGAUAAGCAGUUUCUGAAGACUGCAGCACCUGCCCAGGGAACACCUGCUUGUGAGAGGUGCUCAGGCAUGGCUGACCUGGACCACAACCUGAGCCUGGCCGACGCUCUGACAGAGCCGCCCCACGACGUGGAGGAGGAGGUGAAAAGGGACUUCAUAGCCACCCUGGAGGCUGAGAAAUUCGAUGAUGUGGUUGGAGAGACAGUGGAUAAAACAGAUUAUGUGCCACUGCUGGAUGAUGAGGACGAUGCAAAGCCCGGCAGCCAGGAGCCCAAAAGCAAAGGGCACGUGGACGGGAUUGCCGUGGAACACUGCUCAGCCUCUGGCUCCAUGGUGGUGGAGAACGGUGACCACGGGCUGCAGGAUCCCCGCACAGUGUUCCCAGGAGAGAUCAUGGAUGAGAAGAUGUCCUACAAAGAGUUCCUGGACCGCAACGACUCGUGGGCAGCAGAGGAGAGGGAGCUGUGCUUCAGGCCCAUGGACAUGGCUGACCCCUUCAGCGUGCACAGAGGGGACAACCUGCCAGAUCUGUCCUUCCCCACGGACAUGAAGAACGUGCCACUGUUCCCAGGCCACGCUGAGGCUGCCAGGGACAUCCUUGCUCCACAUGGAUCCAUGGUGGGACCUGAACAACCUUUCCUGGGGUCCCUGUACUCCCCUGCAGAGGCUCUGGAGCCCUCAGCCUUCAUGGGCCUCGAGUCAGGCACAGAAUUCCUGCCAGGAAAAGCAGCACCUGAAGAGUACUGGAUGGGAGCUCAGCAGGACAUGAAGGGACCAGACACCUCUUUCUUUGUUGAGCCACCAGUGCCCCCUGCAGCCACAGAAGCCAUCAGGACCAGCCUGCCCGAGAGCCCCACGGCAGCAGCAGCCCCUGGGAACGCUCCUGCUGCAGCCCCAGCCCUGCCAGGAGAGGCUGCAGCCACGGGGGGACCCCAGGGCAGCACAGCAGGUGCAGCCUCUGUCCCCGACGUCGCCUCCCUUCCUGCACAGAGGGCUGGGGCUGCAGACCCCAAAGCUGCCCCAGCUGCCUCCAACCCCUUCCAGGCCAUGGAGCUGGGCUUUUCUCCUGCCCCUGAGGCCAGCCCUCCCAAAGGUGUCCAUGGUGUGUCCAGCCCAGGGACAGAGCUUGGCUUCGCCCCGGCUGCAGACGCGGCGUCCCCCCAUGGGCUGGAUUUGGGGUUUGCCCCAGCAGCAGAUGUGGAGUCCCACCAUGCCAUGGAUUUGGGAUUUGCUCCAGCAGCAGAUGUGGAAUCCCACCAGAACAUGGAUUUGGGGUUUGCUCCAGCAGCAGAUGUGGAGUCCCACCAGAACAUGAAUUUGGGAUUUGCACCAGCAGCAGAUGUGGAAUCCCACCAGAACAUGGAUUUGGGGUUUGCCCCAGCAGCAGAUGCAGAACCUCAGCAUGCCUUGGAUUUGGGGUUUGCUCCAGCAGCAGAUGUGGAAUCCCACCAGAACAUGGAUUUGGGGUUUGCUCCAGCAGCAGAUGUGGAAUCCCACCAGAACAUGGAUUUGGGGUUUGCUCCAGCAGCAGAUGCAGAACCUCAGCAUUCCUUGGACUUGGGGUUUGCUCCAGCAGCAGAAAGCAAAGCUCAGCACGUUCUGGGCUCUGAGCUUGGCCCAGCAGCAGAUGCAGAGUUUGGCCCAGCAGCAGAAGUCAACCAUCAGCAUGGCCUGGAUCCUGAGCCUGCUCCUGCAGCUGCAGCCAAGGCUGUCCCUGCUGGGGAUGCUGAGGAGGUGGCACUGGAAGCUCAGCCUGUCCCUGCAGCUGCCCCCAGGAUUGCUGUGUCUGGGGAGCUGCUGACAUCCCAGGCUGCCCUUCAGCAGGACAAGUGUCCUGCAGAAUCAACAGCAGAGAUGGAAGCAGAAUCCAAAGUGCCAGAAGUUAGUGAGGCUCCCUCAGAGAAGAUGAAGGAGAAGGACAGGAAACCCCCUCCAAGCCCUGAUGAGAAAGUGCCAGGGCCAGGCAGCUCCCAGGCAGAGGCAGCAGCUGAAGCAAAAGGAGCACUAGAAAAUAAAGACCUUCCAGAAAAAUCUGCUCCUGCUGAGAAUGGUGAGGCACAAAAGGAGGAGGGUGAGCACAACCGCAUCCAACAUGCAGAACCUCAGGAGGGGAAAGCCCUGCAGGAGCCCACAGCCAAAGCAGAGGAGCCCAAAGCAGCCGAGGCCGUGAGUGGGAACGACAUCACAGCUCCUCCCAGCAAGGAGCUGCCCCCCAGCCCCGAGAAGAAGCCCAAGGCUGCUGCACCCACCUGCACUCCCAAGGCAGCAGUGAAAGCCAAGCCCUCGGCCAGCAGCAGCCCCAAGCGGCCCAGCUCGGCCCCCCUGGGCACAAACAAAAAGGCCACGAGCCCAACCGCAGGUCCUGCUGCGGGCAGCGCCUCCAAACGCCCUGGAAGCAGCAGCAGCACCCGGCCCUCCACCCUCACUGCAAAAGAGACUAAACCAAAGGUCCCAGAUGUGAAGCCCCCGGAGAAGAGGAGCUCCCUGUCCAAGGCUGCCCCCCCCAGCACCCCCAGGACUCCGCGCAGCUCCUCGGCCGCUCCGCGCACCACGGCGCCGUCACCGCUCACCCCGGCGCCCGCUGCCAAAACCACCGUGGCCACCCCUCCCAAGAGGCCAAGCUCCAUCAAGACGGACGCGAAGCCGGCGGAUGCCAAGAAAACCUCGGCAAAGUCUCCCUCAGCAGAGCCCGGCCGCCCCAAGAGCGCUCCCGGCAGUUCCACCAAGAGCAGUGCCACCACUCCCUCCACCACGGCCUCCAGCGCUCCCAGCGUGCCCGGGGCAGCCUCCAGCCGGCCCAAACCCAAAACCACGGCCCCCAAGGCCCCCACGGCCUCCACGGUGUCGGCAGACGCCAAGAAAAGCACGGCCAAGGCAGCGGGCACCAAACCCAGCACCGGCAAACCGCCGCGCCCCGGCAGCGCCGCGCCCGACCUGCGCAACGUGCGCUCCAAAAUCGGCUCCACCGACAACAUCAAACACCAGCCCGGGGGAGGCAAGGGGAAGGUAGAGAAAAGGCCAGAGGCAGCCGGCGCCGCGCCCAGCCCCGAGCCCAGCGCGGCCUCUAAGGGGGCUCCCAAAGUGGCAGCCAAAGAGGGGGUCCCCAAACAGCCCAAUGGGAAAGUCCAGAUAGUCUCCAAAAAAGCGAACUACAGCCAUGUUCAGUCCAAGUGUGGUUCCAAGGACAAUAUUAAGCAUGUCCCUGGAGGUGGGAAUGUGCAGAUCCAGAACAAGAAAGUCGACCUUUCCAAAGUGUCCUCCAAGUGUGGAUCUAAAGCAAAUAUCAAGCAUAAGCCAGGGGGAGGAGAUGUCAAAAUCGAGAACCAGAAGCUGAACUUCAAGGAGAAGGCCCAGGCCAAGGUGGGGUCUCUGGACAACGUGGGACACUCGCCAGCCACAGGGACUGUCAAGGAGCAGGAGCCGGCGCAGAACGGAGCGGGGCCGGGCCCGGUGCCCGCAGCGCUGCGGGAGAACGGCGUGGGGCCGGGGCUGCCCGAGCCCAGGGACGUGCAGAGCCUCGACACUCACAUCCAAGAAACGAAUUGAGUCUCACCAGCCGCGGUUCCGUGCGAAGCCAAGGCUCGGACAGACCACGGAGCUCAACUCGUGUCUCCAACCCCCGCACCCCUUCCAGCAGCACCUGCCCCCGGCGUAGCACCUCGGCCAGCGACAGCCUGGGCUCGGUCGCCUCCCCGUCACCGCCGGCGCCCUCCCAGCAAGGCUUGUGCCCCCCGGCCCGGGGACCGCAGCUUGGCUCUCUUAACCCGGCUCUGGCGGGGCCGCCCGGGGCUGCCCCGCUCCUCGUGCCCGCCCUGGGGGCUCUGCUGUCGGUGUCCUGGCGGGGCAGGGCGCUCCCUGCGCUUCGCUUCGGCUUGGGCUGGGCUGAGGCCAGGCCGAGUUAACAGGGAUAAGCUGUGAUCUUUCUUUCUGUCUCUUUUUUUAACCCCUUUCCCUCCUCGCCGCUUCAGUUUCUGCCGCCUUUGGGAUGCCGAUAAAUCCCCUCCACACUCGUUAGGCUGUUUUAACUGUUGACUUGAACCUUUUAUUCUUUGUGACGAAGUGUUGAUGAUUUAUGGUGUUCGAGCCCGUGCUAAGUUUCCUUUUCUCUUUCCUUCUUUUCCGACCUGUAGGAGAGUAGGGACAUUUAACCGCUGCUGCCGUGCUGGCUUCUUACUGACAUAUCCAGCCGUUGUAACUUCUUUGUUGUUGUUUGGGUUUGGUUUCUUUUUUUUCUUUUUUUUUCUUUUUUUUUUUUUUUUUUAGUAUUUUAAAACGAUGGAGCGAGUUCGUGGGAUUAAGCCAUGUCUGGAACGAAAGGCACAGGGAUGUGUAAAGGGCGAACUUGCUGUGAGAGCUCAGGUGGAGCCUGUGUUGACCUCGAGAUGCGUUAAUUGAUGCUCGAGAUGCGUUAAUUGAUGCUCGAGAUGUGUUAAUUGAUGCUCGAGAUGUGUUAAUUGAUGCUCGAGAUGUGUUAAUUGAUGCUCGAGAUGUGUUAAUUGAUGCUCGGAGCCCUCCCCGGUGCCUUCUGCAAAGGUGGUUCGUUUAUUUAUUGCCCAGCCCGGGUUCCUCCCGUUCUCCAGGGCUGGAGGGAGCAGGGGCAGGAGGGCUCGGGCCGGGAGUGCCGAGGCUGCAGCAGGUCCUGGGGGUGCGGGGAGCGUGCGGGGUUCGUGGUUUGGGGCAGGGAUGGGGACCCGAGCGAGCGCCGGGAUGGGCAGGAGCAGCAGGAGCAGGGCAGGGCAGCAGGGCAGGGAUUCAGGGAUUCAGCUCUGGCUAGGAAGGAGAUUUUAACCACUCCUGGAGCUCCUCGUUUCAAAUGACACUAAAGAAACGAAAUGUAAAUAAAUUAAAACAAAACAAAAGUGUUCUCGGGUGGUCAAAAUAAUUUAAAGAAAAAAAAAAAAAAAAAGAAAAGGCAAGCAGAAUAACAAAACACUGGGAUCAAAGAGAACUGAACCAGGCUGUGCUAAGGGGCUGCUCCAGGAGGGGACAGAGGGAAGCCUGCAGCUUCUCGUGCUUGUGGGAGGAUUUCUUUGGGAAGCCAACAACGACACGAUAACCCGGAAUCUGUAUUUACACACAAAGAUUCUUAUUGCACUUGUAUUUUUUAUAUUAAAGUUUGCAUGGUUUCUAAUAAAAUGGCAUUAAAAUGUA